CUCGGUUCGGUUCGGUCUUAGGCCUAAACUCGUUCAGUAUGGUUCAAUUUUCAAACGGGACAGUAUCAUAUCAUACCAAUACCAAAUAAUGCCAUUCUUCAAAAAUUCACCCCAUUUAUCCAUUUUGAUAUUUUUUUUGUUUGCCAUGGUUCUUCAAGUCCGCGGCACGCCCGAGGUUUUUGUUUGUUUCAUUGUGUUUGAAUUUUCAUAUCUGUAAACUCUAAGAUCCGCGCUUGCAUUAGCAGUAGCCGGUAGGUGUGGGAGUAUUAAAUUUUUAGCUGCCGGCCGGGGCUACCACUUCUCCCCCAUUAAAAGCCUCGGGAAACCCAAAACGAUUCAAACCCCAUUCAUUUCAUUUUCUCCUCCUCUCACAUACCCACACAAUUCCCUCUCAUGGCCGCAAUAGCAGUGACGAGGAGAAUCGCCGUCCUCCUCCUAGUGGUGGUUGGGCUGGCCGUCACCGACGCGCAGGCGCCGGCGGGGGCUCCGGCAGCACCGGAGGACUGCAUGACGGAGUUGCUGGGGAUGUCGGAUUGCUUGACGUACGUGGAGGCAGGGAGCAACCUGACGAAGCCGGACAAAGGGUGCUGCCCGGAGCUGAAGGACAUCGUGAACAAUCACCCCGUUUGUUUGUGCAAGCUUCUGGCUGACCCCAACAAUAACAGUGUCGGAAUCGCAAUUGAGGUCAAGAAGGCCCUCAAUCUCCCCACUGCUUGCAAGAUUGAUUCCCUUUCUCCCAGCCUCUGCUCAGUUUUAGGUAUAAAUGUUGGAGUACCUGCUCCCUCUCCUGCUGAAGGGCCAUCAUCUGGAAAAGCACAUGCCGCCGAUGCAGGAAGUCCAUCUAGUGCAACAGGUGGUAGUGGUGGGUUAGCGUCAAGUCCUUCUGCUGGGAAGGGGGCCAGUGCUGCUCCAAAAACCACCUUCUUUCAUCUCUGCCAUUCCCUUCUUGCCUUGGCUUUUACUCUUUCCUUUGCAUAUUUUCUUUAAUUUUAUCAACCAAAAUUCAUUAAAUUGAUUUCCCACCAUUCAUGUCGUCUUUAUUUUUCUACUUUGAGGGAAUGUUCAUGUCUUAAUUAUGUAUCGUUUUGUCUAAAAAGAGCUGUGUUUACAGUACCUCUUAUAUUCUCCUGACAUUUCAUGGUAUAUAUGCCUAAUGUUCGCGUUGCGUAUAUAGUCUGUAAAUGUUUAUUACACGUGAAGUGCCAAUGAAAUAAUUUGGACGGUGCAUCUAGACAUGAGAAAGAUUAAUACAAAAGAAUAAAUCCAUAAUGAUUCUUUCUUCUUUCCAUGAUCUUAUCUAUCUAUAUUAAACAUUUGUAUAUAAUGUCAAUUGCAAUGUUUACUUCUGAAUGAUCAUAUUUUACAUUGUCGACAA